AUGCCUAACAGUGCAUUCGUUGAAACCGACAAAUUUGAAAAUUUACGCGAGUUACUGAGAGAAACAGUGAGAAAAGAAAUAGCUGAAGAAAAAGCUAAUACAAGUAAUAUAAAUAAUAAGCCGAUCGACGAAGGGAAGGUCGACCUGAACAAAAGUACGUCCAGCAAGGCGGUUUACAGUCAAGCCGAAAACGAAGCAGAAAGUGACCCGGAGGACAACAUGGCAAACGAAGGUAUCAGGCUAGAAUUUUGUUUACAUAAAGACAACUGGGAGAAUUUCGUGGAACGGUUAGAACUAUACUUCAUAGCUAAAGACAUUAAAGCCGAAAAACAAGCCGCACAUUUGUUGACACGUUUAGAUGAAGAAGCGUUUGGUCUAAUGAAGCAGUUAGUGCAACCAGACAGAUUAAAUUCUAAAACAUUCGAUGAUCUGGUAAAAACAAUGACUGAACAUUUAAAUCCAAGGCCAUCGGAAAUAAUGGAGAGAUGUAAAUUUAAUGUGGCUAAACAGGAACCGAGUGAAUCAGUGGCUGAGUUUGCAGCAAGGUUAAAAAGGUUAUCGUCACAGUGCAAUUUUAGUGAUAUAAGAGUGGCACUCCGUGAUCAAUUUGUGAGUGGAUUAAGAAAUCACGAUACUAAGGCAGCGCUGUUUCGAAUAGACAAAUUGGACUAUGAAACGGCAUUUAAAGAGGCCGUAUCUCGGGAAGCUGCCGAGAAAAAUGCAACGGAUACAUUAAAAGUACUGGAAAAUAAAAGCGGCAAAAGUGAAAUAUACGCGUUUCGAAAUUCUCGCAAGCCGAAAAAUUGGAGCAACAGGAAAGGCAAUUCAAAAUUACCGGAAGCCAGUUCAAAACAACAACAUGCCAAGCAGCCAGGGGAUUCGAAGAAUGUUGUGUGUUAUUGCUGUGGGAAGCCAAAUCACACGAAUAGGCAGU